GAAGCCACUGGCAAAAUAAAGUCAAUCGACAGCUGAACUGCGUUGUUCAAUUUUUUCCAAAAAUUGUGGACUUCUAAAAGUCUUUUACCAAGCUUAAAAUUUAUUGUGAAGAUCCAGUAAUAAAAAACUACCAGGAACAUCGAGAGGAAACGUGCUGAGUGCGGCGAAGCCAAAUCCAUUAAAAAUGGCUGAAGAGUAUAUACCAGAUGUCAGCGUCAUGGACACAAUUGUGCCCGCCAUCCUGGGUCUGACCGCGGCUGCUGUCCUCUCGUCGGUGGCCUGCAUCUGCGCGCGCCAGAUGCGCCUCCGGAACAAGAAGCAGAGCCAGCACGACGCCUCGUUCCCCUUCCAGCCGACCCGGCGACCGACCGCCGUUCGAUCGCCCAGCGGCCAGCCGCCGCACUACCUGAAGAAGUCGCCCUCGCCGACGGGCGGCAAGCAGAUGGGCCUCCUCUCGCCGAUGCAGGACCAGUCCACCUCCCCGAUCGCCCAGCAGAACGUGAAGUACGGCGAGGAGGAUGAGGGACCCCACCAGCACUCGGAGCAGCAGAAUGGCAACGGAAACGGACACGGAAACAUCCAUGGAAACCAACUAACAGUGGUGGAUGGAAACGGAAUGAAGCACUCGCUGCACAACAGCCUGCACCACUCGCCAGUGGAGACGAUCGCCAACGGGAGUGUGACCAUCACCCUGGACGACCAGGCACUGACCAACGGCAAGGAGCUAACUGUGGCUGACCAAUACGGAAAACUGGGCACCAUCUACUUCAAGCUGCGCUACUUGGCCGAGAGGAAUGCUCUGAUGGUAUCGAUCAUCCGCUGCCGCGGACUUCCCUGCAAAGGAGGCUCUGGCGGAACAGGGGACAUCCCCACCGGAAUGAACGGACGCACCCAGGCUGCCACCGAUCCCUAUGUGAAGCUGCAACUGCUGCCGGACAAGCAGCACAAGGUGAAGACCCGCGUGGUGCGGAACACCAGGAACCCGGUUUACGACGAGGACUUCACCUUCUACGGAUUGAACAUGAACGACCUGCAGAACAUGUCGCUGCACUUUGUCAUCCUCAGCUUCGAUCGUUACUCCCGUGAUGACGUCAUCGGCGAGGUGGUCUGCCCUCUAACCUCCAUCGAGAUCGGGGACAUCUCCAAGGAGGCGCUGUCCAUCAGCAAGGAGAUCCAGCCGCGCAGCCUCAAGAUUCGCGCCCAGGGACGCGGCGAGCUGCUCAUCUCGCUCUGCUGGCAACCGGCUGCCGGUCGCCUCACCGUUGUCCUGCUGAAGGCCCGCAACUUGCCCCGCAUGGACGUCACCGGUCUGGCCGAUCCCUACGUCAAGAUCUAUCUCCUCUACAACGGCCAACGCAUCGCCAAGAAGAAGACGCACGUGAAGAAGCGCACUCUGAGCCCCGUUUUCAACGAGAGCUUCGCCUUCGACAUUCCCGCAGCCGAGGGCACUGGCGCCAGCUUGGAGGGCGUGUCUUUGGAGCUGAUGCUGCUCGACUGGGAUCGCGUGACCAAGAAUGAGGUCAUCGGUCGCCUGGAGCUGGGUGGCCCGAACUCGAGCAGCACCGCCCUGAACCACUGGAACGAGGUGUGCAACUCGCCCCGCCGCCAGAUCGCCGAGUGGCACAAGCUGAACGAGUAGAAGAGGGCAGGCAACCACCUGGGCGCUGGCGCCCCUUUAUAAGAAGGAAGAAGCAGGAACCACUUUCAAACUCUUUCUUAUUAGCAUAUAAUUUUAUACUUUCCAACGAGUUUUCCACCUUUUUUCGUACCGAAUCUGAUUUCUGGGAGAUCUAUUAAGUUUAGUUGAUUUCGAAUUUAGAGAAACAUUUAUGCAAGAAAACAUAUAUUUACCAAGCAACCGCUAACUAAAUUAAAUGUAUUAGAAAAUGUUUAGGACCGAAAAAUAUAUAUAAGUGUAAGAUAUCCCACACACAUCUUAUUGUGAACACGAUUCAAAAAGUGUAAAGGAGAUAGAGUCAAUCUGUUUUAAGUGGACACCUAUUUUGUUGCUGUAUAAAACAUUACUUCUGCGCUUUUUGUGAAUUAUGUCUUUGUAUGAUUUUCAUAUCAAACAACCAAAGUCCCAUUUUACGUGCCCACCAUGAUAAACAUUGUAGUGGGUUUCCAAAAAAUAAGAGAAAUUAUUAACCAUGCAUAUGUAUAAAUAUAUUUAUUAUGGUACCUAACUAUUAAGCAUAAUGUCCGUGUACAAUUUGAUUUUGAUUGUUUAGAAAUUUCCGUUUAAUCGUAAGGUAUUUAAAUACACCAUGGAUAUAAUGGAUACCAAACACCAAAGCCGCACACCCCGAAAGCUCUUGAAGUGUGUCCAGAUGGAAGCUGAUAAAUGCUUACUGCUUAACACUUUAUACGUACUCUUAAAAAUAAAAAGUAGCUAAAACUACGAGUAAAACUAAACCAAAUUGAAUCUAGAGAGAACACGCAGCAGAAUGCUUAGCACCAAGAAGCUACAAAACCACACAAAAAUUGAUCGAAAAAGUCCGAGAAACAUUGAUUCGGGAGGAAACCAAACAAACAAACAAAACACAAUACAAUAAUGUAAGCAGCAUAGUUCACGUAGGAAUCAAUUACCAAUACCAUACUCUAGAGUAUAGCCACCCACGAAUAGCUCAAACCGAACGCAAUAAGCACUCCAAGGUGUAUCUAGCGGCACUACUUAUAAAUCGAAUGGAUAACGGAUAAUGGAUAAUGGAACCCGAAAAAGCUUAGCUUAGAGAAGACACCGAGUCAUUAUCCACUUACUGAUCUGAUUGUACUGAAUACAAUUACGAACUACUAGACAUCAGCCCGCUUCUAUAUUUUGUAAACUGAAUGUUAGAGCAUUGAAUUUCAUUGAAUAAAACUACCAACAUACAACCAUAAGGAUAUAUACAUACAUAAAUAGCUGUUCGCAAGAAGGGCAAAUACAACUUCAAUUCGUGUCCAAUCAAAACUUCAAUUCGUCUAAUGGAAAAACAAUAAUUAACAAACAUAUGCGAUGAGUUUUUGCAAAGGAACCCAAAUUAUAUGAGAUGUGUAUAAUUCUACAUUAUAUGUAAUAGUAAUUGUAAGCUACAUCAAAUGGUUAAUUUCAGUAAUAAAACGUAUUAUAUAAAAUAA